GGAAGAGAUGCAGUUUCUACACAGUGCCUCAGGUUCGUAAAGUUUCUAGCCUGGAAACAGAGGGUUAACGUAGCUCUCAACUACUUUAACCCGAAAGGAAAACUAACGGUGUAUUUCAUCCAACCCAAAAGAAUAGUCUUCUCUGCACGGCCAUUUUCAGUGUCCAUCUCACUUACCAGUGGUUACAAACGAGGCUACAAAUUUGGCUUGGGAGAAGGAAGAGUUGCAACGGGACGCUUUUACAGGGGCGGCUACGGAGAUGCCACUGGAAACGAAGUGUCCGGAUAUGACUAUGAUUUGGAAGGUGAGUUGAGCGGAAGCGGCAGUUCCACCCACGCCGGCCGAUUUGGAAAUCAGAGACACGAGGAGGAUGAUGGAUUCUACACACAAGGCGGGAGUUACUACAUGAGUGGUAAGGCUCGCCGUGACGAUGAUUAUGGCAUCACCGCUGGUCUGAAGGCCAAAGGAAAUUUCUACGGCACUGGUACUGAGGGCGAAGGAAGCCAAUAUGAGCAAGUGACCACUUUCCGUCGUGGCGGCGGACACGACACAAAAGGGAAGAAGAAACACUACAAUGAGUACAACAGUUACGGCCAGGCCAUGAAAUACGGUGACAAGAAGGUUGCCAACAACUUCAACCUUCGCGGCUCACUGAAAGCCAAGGGCAAGUUUGAUGGUUACGGCAAGAGUGACGUGUCCAGUGAAUUUGACAAAUACGGCAAGUAUGGAUAUUCUGGCAGUUCCAAAGGUUAUGGAGGUCGUGAUGUCUACGGAAAACUUAAGGGCAAAAGCGAGUAUGACGCCUAUGGCAAGCUAAAGGGUUACGGUGCACAGAACGACUACUCCAAAUACGGUCGUCAUGCGGACUACGACACUCUCGGUUAU